GGGCAAGUGUGGAUUUUUGCCGUUGCGAGGGCGCGCCCCGCGAAUGCGAGGGUGAUUCUCGAGCUUGGGUCGAUGAUUUGAUCGCGCUACCGGUCUCGAGGAGCAUUUCACACAUUUAGCACUUGGUGGUGAAGGAAUGAGUAUGAUUCAAGCGGACAAGCUGCUUAUACACGACGUCCCAGUGGACGUAAUUUGCACCCCUACGCAAGUUAUAUUUACAGACACAACCAUUCCAAAGCCUACAGGAAUCUACUGGGACAGACUAUCCCCCGAGAAGCUUAAUCAGAUCAGAAUCCUCCAGCAGCUUAAGAGACAGAUCGAGAACGAAACGGGGGUGGCACUGACGCUGGGUCCUUCCGAAAGAUUGCCGCCGACGGCCCAAAGAGUGAAUCAACGGACCUCGGGCAGAUAAGUGAAUCAACUAAGAGCUCUGAGGAUACCGACGCACGAGAGGUCCAGGCCUCGAGCGGUCUGACUUUGACUUUGUCUCGUUGCAACAGGCUUGAAUACUUGAGCAGUGCUGCCUUGCUACUCGUGUUGCAAGAUCCCACAAUGCUUUCCAGGAUCCAAGGGAAAGUGGCACUCGUCACCGGUGGUGCUUCGGGUAUCGGCGCAGCCACGGUCAAGAAAUUCAGAGCUCAUGGAGCGGAAGUUAUCAUUGCCGACGUCCAAGACAGCCGCGGCGAGGCGCUGGCCGCCGAGACGGGCGCUCACUACACACACUGCGACGUCUCUCAGGAGUCUCAGGUGGCAGCAGCAGUGGACCUGGCCGUCUCAAAGUUUGGCUCGCUCGGCAUCAUGUUCAACAACGCCGGGAUCAUCUCGGGCCCCAAGCCGGCCGACUCCAUCGCCCGUCUCGACAUGUCCGACCUCGACGCCGUGCUCGCUGUCAACGUGAGAGGCGUCGCUCACGGAGUGAAGCACGCGGCCAGAGUCAUGGUCCCUCGCAACUCGGGCUCGAUCAUCACCACGGCCAGCAUCGCUCACAUCAUCUCUGGCAGCGCGCUCCACCCCUACACCAUCAGCAAGCACGCCGUGGUUGGCAUCACAAAGUUGGCGGCCUCGGAGCUGGCCUUUCACGGGGUCCGAGUGAACUGCAUCUCUCCGGCCGGGGUGGUGACCGAAAUCUCGACGAAGUUUUGGGAGAACUUGGUCCCGGUUGCGGAGGCCAAGCUUGAGAUGCAAGCGGCGUUUUCAGGGAAGCCCGGGUUUGAUCUCCGGGCCUUGAUGGAGCCGGAGGAGAUCGCAGAGGCCGCGCUCUUCCUCGCCAGCGAUGAGUCGAGGUUUGUGAGCGGCCAUGACUUGGUGGUGGACGGCUCGCUCGCAGGGACUGCCGCGUUUAACAUCUUCAAGGAUAUCCAGCAUGGGCAGCUCCGUCUGGUAACGAAGAACUAAAUAAGGUCAAAGUUUUGAUAAACUUAAUAGAAUAAUUCCUCAACCCAAGGAUGAAAUAUUCUAAUGAAUGUUCGAGAA